AUGCCGAGGCUUCCAUUGUCACCACAUUCAACCUCCGAGGUGCAGGCGUUGCCACCCAUCUUUCCACCCGCCUCUGAACCUGUCGGCUCGGAUCCACCCUCCGAUGACCACCAGCUAAGCAUCCUUACACUCAACGUCUGGGGCCUCAAGUACAUCUCGAAGCUUCGGAUAGCGCGUAUCAAAGCUAUCGCUUCUCGGCUUGCAUCUUCCGACAUGCCCCUUUACGACUUUGUGUGCUUGCAAGAAAUUUGGUACGAAUCCAGGGACUGGCGCUUUCUCAAGCACGCCCUCUCCUCGCGCUACCCUCAUUCCAAGUUCUUCUAUUCAGGUGCAUUCGGUUCGGGUCUCGCCAUCCUUUCCCGCUGGAACAUCCUCGAAACGAGAACGCAUCCGUACUCGCUCAACGGACAGCCGAUUCACGUGCACCAUGGAGACUGGUUCGUGGGCAAAGCCUGUGGGUCUGUUACCAUCAAUCAUCCGCGGUUGGGAUUGGUAGAUGUGUGGAACACGCAUUUCGUAGCAGCGGGAGGCGAGGAUGGUCCAGAAUACAAGAGGUCACACCGCAUCACACAGGCGUACGAGCUUGCGGCGAAUUGCAGGAACAGUGCUAGUAAAGGAAGACAUGUGGUUUGUGUGGGCGAUCUCAAUUCCACUCCGCCUUCUCUGGCAAUUGGGUUGCUAAGGCAUAUUGGCGGCUUGUACGAUAGCUUUUUGGAUACGCGUCCUCAGCUACCAGAGCACGCAGUAUCGUUGGAUCCAGAAGAGACAUCAACGCAAGUGGGUGAUCGCGCAACUGCAGCGCCGGAUCCACAGCGUGCGAUUGAGGAAUUAGGUGUAACAUGUGACUCGCCACUCAACACCUGGACAGCCGGCAAACCUCUCGACGAGAGAGCGUCAAGAGGCGCCGGCAAGCGUCUCGACUACAUCUUCUACCGUGGCCCUGUCGAUCAGCAACACUCGAGCGAAUCAAACGCAUCUACCGUUUCUUCUGCCCUAGCUUACUCGGCAUCUCACUCCACACGCGGUCGGCUAACGUGCAAAUCCUCGUCGGUCGUCAUCACGGACACCAUACCCGAACAUCUGUGUUCCUAUUCAGACCACUUCGGCGUUGCUUCCACCUUUGAUAUCCUCCCACCUUCUUCCGGCGCUCCAUCGCCUACCGCUUCCGACUCCGACGCCCGCAAAACAGCGCAGCGGCGUGUCCUCACUUGUUCGCUCCACGCGCUAGCGGGAGGCUUCGCCGCUAGCCGUUCCAACCAAUCGUCUCACCUCUACGUCUUCGGCACAGCACUGCUCGUCGCUCUCGGUCUGAUCGUAGCAAGCAUCUUUCAGCCGCUCGGCGCAGUCAAUCCAGUCUUUGUAUUGCUCGCAGUCGUGGCCGCGUGGGCAGGAACCACAAUGCUCUACAGUGCCGUGGUGUGGGGAGAAUGGGAACAGCGAACGCUUCGUACACUCAUGGAAAUGCUCGAGUUGGAACUCAACUAUCUCCAACCCGCCCAAAAUGGUGUCACUAACACCAACAACAUCGUUCGAGCACAGAGCGCCAAUGACGCUGUUCGAGAAGGCACUUUGUUCUAA